CGGCGACAGCGGCCAGCAGCAGGCGCCGCCGGGACGGGCACGGGCGCGCGGGCUCGGGCGGGCGCCGGCUGCCUCCUCCCUCCCUUGUCGCUUGCUCGCUCGCUCUCCGGCCCGCUUGCUAGCCGGCCGGGUGCCGAGCUCUCUACAGCGUUCUCGGGAAGGAAGAAGUGGGGGGCCGAGGACGCCGACAAGUUCCAGCAGUACCAGGGAUCUGGGCCAAGGCGGUGGCUGCGGUUCCGACGGGGCAGGAGCGCGCUCCGUGGCGGAGCGCACGGCCAGAGCGUCCGAGGAGGGGGGCGCCCGGGCCUUUAGUUAUCUGUGGGGCCGCGGCCGGAUCCCAUGAGACGCGCCCGCGAAGGGCACAAGAUCCGAAGCCCGGGAGGCGCGCGGAGGAGGCGGAGGGCGGUGCUGCAGCGGCCGGAGCCCGGGAGCGGCCGGCAGGAGGCGGCGGAGAGAACUUGAACUUGGCGUCGGGAGCGGGCGCCCCGGACGCCCCUCGCCGGGGCCGGGGCGCCGAGGGACCUGGGCGGCAGCACUGCCCCCCGAAUGGCCGCGGCGGCGGACCCGGCUCCCGCGCCGCGGCCCUAGGCGGCCUCUCGCCAUGGCCAAGUGGCUGAACAAGUACUUCAGCUUGGGCAACAGCAAGACCAAGAGCCCCCCGCAGCCGCCGCGGCCCGACUACCGCGAGCAGCGGCGCCGGGGCGAGCGGCCCUCGCAGCACCCCCAGGCCGUGCCGCAGGCCCCCUCGGCCACCUCGGCGUCCUGCGGUACGGCCGCCGCCUCCUGCUUCUCGGCCUCGUCGGGAUCGCUGCCCGACGACAGCGGCAGCACUAGCGACCUCAUCCGCGCCUACCGCGCACAGAAGGAGCGCGACUUUGAGGACCCUUACAACGGGCCCGGCUCGUCUCUGCGCAAACUGCGCGCCAUGUGCCGCCUGGACUACUGCGGCGGCGGGGAGCCAGGCGGGGGCCAGCGUGCCUUCUCGGCCUCGUCCGCGUCGGGCGCCGCGGGCUGCUGCUGUGCCUCCUCCGGCGUGGGCGCUGCCGCGUCCUCGUCCUCGUCCUCGGGCUCUCCGCACCUCUACCGCAGCAGCAGCGAGCGGCGGCCCGCCACGCCAGCCGAGGUGCGCUACAUCUCCCCCAAGCACCGCCUCAUUAAGGUGGAGAGUGCCGCAGGCGGUGCCGCAGAACACCCGGGGGGCUCCUGCUCAGGCGGCCGCACCUGGAGCCCGACGGCCUGCGGAAGCAAGAAACUGCUCAACAAGUGUGGCGCCUCGGCCGCGGAAGAGAGCGGUGCCGGCAAAAAGGACAAGGUGACCAUCGCUGAUGACUACUCGGAUCCCUUUGAUGCCCAGAAUGAUCUCAAAAGCAAAGCGGGAAAGGGGGAGAGUGCUGGCUACAUGGAGCCCUACGAGGCGCAGAGGAUCAUGACAGAAUUUCAGAGACAGGAAAGCGUCCGGUCCCAGCACAAAAGCAUCCAAUUAUACGAUACCCCUUACGAACCCGAGGGCCCAAGCAUGGACUCGGACUCAGAGAGCACGGUCAGCCCCCGACUGCGGGAGAGCAAGCUGCCCCAGGAUGACGACAGGCCCGCCGAUGAGUACGACCAGCCAUGGGAGUGGAACCGGGUCACCAUCCCAGCUCUGGCAGCCCAGUUUAACGGCAGUGAGAAACGGCAGUCAUCCCCCUCGCCUUCCCGGGACCGGCGGCGCCAGCUUCGAGCUCCCGGAGGGGGCUUCAAGCCCAUCAAACAUGGGAGCCCUGAGUUCUGUGGGAUUCUGGGAGAGAGAGUGGAUCCUGCUGUCCCACUGGAGAAGCAAAUAUGGUAUCAUGGAGCCAUCAGCAGAGGAGAUGCGGAGAACCUGCUGCGACUCUGCAAGGAGUGUAGCUACCUUGUCCGGAACAGCCAGACCAGCAGGCACGACUACUCCCUCUCCCUGAAGUGAAUUGUGCCUUUCUGGACUGCAAGAAGUAAAAGAAGCAGGUGACAUCAGAGAUGGGACUCCUGUGUCACCACCCUUCCCUGCUGACCCAGACAGCCUGCCCACGCCCUGGGCUUCCUCACUCUCAUCACGCUGGCAAUCUCUGAGUUCCUCAGUGGAUCUCAUUCUUCCUGGAAUCCUGUUGUCUGGGACCAGGCCAGAGGCGUCUUCCCAAGAGGGCUGAUUGAAUGCACAGAGAAAAGGAUGGGGCUCCCCAUGCCAGGCCCAGUCAUUCACCAUGAGGGCCAGGGCCCCAUCGCGCUUCUGUUUAUUCACUGGGCGCAUGCUGGGCCCCUGCACUGGGCAGGCCUGGCUGGACACUGGGGCCCCUGGUGACCCCACCACAGCCCUGCCUGCAAGGAAGAAACAGCCUCCCAAGUUCCCGGGAUGUGUCGGGGCUGAGGCGCCAGCAUGGGAGCACACAAGGAAUCUCGAGCCAGUGGCAGGAGUACUCAUGCCAGCAGUGCCUGCGUGGUCCAUUCCUCAGUGCCCUGAGCCCAUGCCCUCCGUUAGACAAACAGGCCCAAAUGCCAGCUCACAGAUGGGUCUUCAGAAGAGUGUUUCUGUCAAAGUCCUAAGAGCAUAAUUCCCUUUUCGUUCCUGGUUUGCUCCCUUCCCUAGACUGUAGGACCACUCUUGAGAUGGAGAGCUCCUUGAUUCUCUUCUGCUCUGUGACAGGCUUAUAGUCCAGGGGCCGGGCUUGCCCACUCGCUGGCCUUGUGGCCUUGGCAGCCACAUCACCUUUCUGAGCCUGUGUCCUCAUCUGUGCAUGAGAGGUGACGCUGCUCUCCUUACAUAGAUGCUUUUCAGUGUCUCUGGCUCUCGGGAGUUCCCCUGCCCGUGGGCUCAGCCACCCAUUGUCCUUGGAGUGCUGUGGCCGGAUCCCCUGCACCUCCCAGGCGAGGGGAGGAGGUGGAGGAGACUGAGGACGCAGCCCAGGGGCCUGCGCUGGGAUCCCAGAUCAGAGCACUCUGCCGUCAGGCCCAGGUUUGUCUUCCUGGACCCGUCCUGUCAGUUCUCAUUAUCAGGAAGUGCAAUUUGGAUGACUGAUCUCUGCCCAUGGGUGCUGGAGGUGGAGGGUUUAGUUUUGCGUGCUUGUCAGGAGCCAUUAGCUCCCAAACACCAGAGGGGUGGUCUUACCUGGUCAGCUUUCUCUUGAAGAAGGCCAGAAGUGGGGAGGAGGGCUAGGCCAUCCGUGGCUGGCCAGGGCAGCCUGCUAAGCGGAGGUGGGCUUGUUUUCCAGAGCAGCCUCAGUUCCCAGUGACCAGUCAGGCUGCCGGCCAGGGAGUGACACCUGGCAUUCAUCACCUCAACCACAAAUGGAACUGCCCUGGUACUGAAUGUCGUGGCUGCUUGGGGCAAGUGCCAGCUUUGCCAGCCACCAUGGAGGUCCAGGGACUCUCACAUCCCAAAGCCUGCCUGGUGGGGGUAGGGUGGGGAGUGGCAUUAUCAGGAGUGAGGUGCAAAUUUACAUUGGAAUUCCAGCUAUGUUAUCAUGUGAGCCUUGGGUCAUGCUAUGAGGGUAUUCUAGGGUGGAGGAAAGUGUUUGGGGGAGUCUGGCCCCAGAGUACAGGGCCCUCCACCCCUCCCAUCCUUCCCUCGGCAGAUAUUUAUCAGAGCCCUCGGUACCAGGCACUAGGCUGGGCAGCAGAGGGAGCAGAGGUGAGGACAGCCCAGCCCAGGCUGCAGAGCUCCCAGUCUGGGCCUUGUUG